AUGUCCCAGGGCUGCCCUGCCCUUCCUGAGCUAGGGUGCAACCCUAACAAGCCCCUGAUCUGUUGCCAAGGCUCUGGAGGCUCCAGUCCCCAGGCAGAGCCUUCCUGUGUUGGGAAUGUGGUUCUGGCAGGGGCUGGGAGAGAGGAGCCAGCCCUGCUGCUGCAGCAGCCCCCCACAAACCCUGAGCCCUCUCUCCUGCUGCAGGGGGACAGCGGGGGUCCCCUGGUCUGCAAGGACAAGAGAGCCGACUACUUCUGGUUCGUGGGAAUGACCAGCUGGGGAAAAGGCUGUGCUGGGGCCAAACGACCCGGGAUCUUCACCUCCACCCAGCAAUUCCACGACUGGAUCCUGCUCCAGAUGGGAUUGCUCCCAGCAAUAACAGCUGCUCCAGCUCCAGAGCCAACCACUACCUCGACUCCUGAGCAGAAUCCAGAGCCAGAGUCCAGCCUGACCCCUGUGGAGAUGCCAAUGGAGUUGGACAAUUUUACACCCAUUUCAAUCCAACAACAGAUACUGGGGCAAUUCUUUAACCUGCUCCUGGAGCUCCUGCAGUUCCUAAAGGGAAAAAAGACUUGAACAGUGGGAUGAGCAGAUCCAGUUCUGGCUGCAGUGGAUUACAAUGAUUCCCUGUUGGGACCAAAACCAUUCCCUGGUGGGACCACGACUGUGGGGCCAAAAGCAGCCCCAGUGCCCAGGGCUGCUCUGUGCUGCCCAUGCUCCUCCCCUGAGCCCACCUCGAUGGUGAAGUUCAGUGUCUUAUUGAAAUAAAGUUGUUUGUGUUCCCCA